ACCGCUGGCGCGGCCGCCGCCUUUCCGGUGCCGCUCCGCGCCUUUUCCCCCCUCSCCCUGCGCGGACCUGGUCCCGCCACCGCACAGGCCGGCGACCCGGCACGCUCCACUCCACUGCGCCCGUGCCAGGCCACAGCACCCACCCCCCCCUCUGCCCGGGCCUAGUGCGCGUGCGCCCGGUCACGCGCCGCGGCGGGAGCCGCUGCCUUGGUCACGCGGGAGAAGGGCCGAGCAGCUGAUUGGCUGCGCCGGCGACGGCGCGAACGUGGUGCGCGCGUACAGUGAUGCGCGUGUGCUGGCUCGUGGGCAAAGAGAAAUGCACUCAGCGAGUGAAACUGCCCCACUUGGAAGCCGUGGUAAUUGGGCGUGGCCCAGAGACUGGGAUAACGGAUAAGAAGUGUUCACGGCAGCAAGUUCAGUUAAAAGCAGACUGUAACAAGGGGUAUGUCACAGUUAAGCAGAUAGGGGUCAACCCAACUAGUGUUGAUCUUAUGAAUAUUGGCAAGGAUGAAGCAGUGAAAAUGAAGCCAGGCCAAGUUCUGCAUAUUGUGAAUAACCUUUACCCCUACACCAUUCAAUUUACUGAAGAGUCAGGGAAAACUAUUCCAAAAGCAGACAAGAUGCCAUAUGAGGACUCCUGUGAGAAUGAUGAUAUAGAGCUUGUGCCCAGAAAAACAAUGAAGUUGGAGAUGAUGGAUACAGAAGGCAGUUCUACAAAUCCCAGGCUAGGCAAUACCAGUGUAUCUGCACAUGAAGAAACUUCGAGCAAAAAGGAAAGUUUAGGACACUGGAGUCAGGGUCUAAAGAGCUCCAUGCAAGAUCCAAAAAUGCAGGUUUACAAAGAUGAAAAAACUGUUGUCAUCAAGGAUAAGUAUCCUAAAGCACGUUACCACUGGCUUGUCUUACCAUGGGACCCAAUUUCAAGCCUCAAGUCAGUCACCAGGGACCACCUUGAACUCCUGGAACAUAUGCAUGCAGUUGGGCAAAAAAUGAUUGAACAGUGCCCUGCCRGAGAGAGCCUGGAGUUCAGACUGGGUUACCAUGCUAUCCCCAGUAUGAGUCAGCUACAUUUGCAUGUUAUCAGCCAGGAUUUUGAUUCUCCGGCCCUGAAAACCAAAAAACACUGGAACUCUUUUACUACAGACUACUUCUUAAACUCUCAAGAUGUGAUAGAGAUGGUAAGAAGCAAAGGAAAGGUGAUGGUGAAAGACCAUACCKCUGAACUUCUCAAACUUCCCCUCAAAUGCCAUUGUUGUAAACAACAGCUGUCCACAAUCCCACAGUUAAAGGAACAUCUCAGGAAACAUUGGCCAAAGUGAUUUUGCAAAAAAAUCAUCUUYCAGUCUGUCUUCAGAUUUCCAGCCAACACAAAGACUGCAAAAUGUUAAUGGAAAUAUAUGUUCAUUAACUGGAAUGACAAAUGUAGUGUGGAGAAAAGUAGUCUGAAAACAGCACCAUAUUGGUUCAGUAAYAGCUCAGACAAAAAUCCAAACUCUCCCAUCCCUCCUCCCUAAAAAUAUAAAUAAAGUGACUUCUGAAAUUUAAGCUUUUUGUUUGCAGCUUUGUUGUGGUACAGCCACACUAGUCUGUAAGUAAACUGAAGUCUGGAAGAAGUGCUUUGUUUGGAUGAAAGGAUUUAUUUUAAUUCAGAAACUGAACUGAAUCCAGAUCUAGGUUGCUACUGAGAAAGGAGAGAAACAAUGAUUUAGAGGUCUUUCUCUUGACGUUUUCUGCCUGCCACUGAGGUUUCUUGUGUUAAUGUUGAGGCACUGGCGUGGCUGAUUGUACUGUCAGUGUAGUGGAAGGAGCAGCAGCUGAUCAUCCCACUUUGCUGGACCACUGAAACACCUGACAGUGAAAGUGCUGCUGAACUUCCCCUCAGCUGUGAAGUGGGAUUUGCCCCUUACCAGGGUGCCAUUGUGUGGUUUAAUCCUGCCCUGUUUCUCCACAUCAGGAUUUUAGUGAGCCUCUAAUCACUUGAUUGUUGUCAAGAUGUGAACUUGCAGAGGCAGCACAGCAGUAGUAAUAAAAAUCUCUUUCUGAGUCCAGAACUGGUUUGUAUAGUUGAACUUCAUCCUGAGCCCAGCUUUGACCUGUUAAGUAAGAUGCUCACCGAGUGAAAUGGCUUUCAGUAAGAGUUUCACAGAGCUUUUGCUACACAAGCAAAAUGYUACUCCUAACUCUUAAUAACACAUUCUGUGGGGAGAGGGUAUCGUCUUGUUCCAUUCCCCUAUGAAGCAGUGUGUUGCAAUACACACACCAGUGGGGCAAAAAACAAGCUGACGUUGUUGGAAAAGAAUAAAGAUGUUUUGGUAAUAAAAUUGUCCUCAAAACGUGUUCUUUCCCCUGGUGUACAAGAAGCUGAUCCACAAAAAGUGUCAUAUUUAUUUAUACUUGUGCAGAGAUGGGUGCUGGCUGGUGAAUGCAUAGAGGCAGUUGUAGCGCAGCGAUGUAUUUAUAUUUCAAAAUAUCUAAGUCUGCACUUAUCUAGUAUCUAAAUACCUGGCUACUCCACAGCUGUUGGACAAUCUUUUACCUGCCUCAGUUUAAAGAUAUAAUCCAUUUUGAAUUUAUUGUGCAUAUUCAGUGGAUAGGAGUCUUCAUUUGGAAGUGGGUAAUCUAAGUUUUAGAYAUGUGUUUUUUACAUUAUAAUGAGCUAAGUUCAUCU